CCUCGGGAAGCAGUACCGCUUGGCUCGGGAUGACCCUUCCUUCCAGCUUCUUCCGCAUUCGCAAUAUCGUAAGUGUGACAUCACCCCUUUCUCUGCUUGCCUCCCUAUAUCACAGCUCAACCAGCUUUCUGGAUUACAUCGAUGCACGGCCGUCCAAGAGAGAUGUUGGUUCGUACGAUGUUACGGAAUUCAAGAGUGUCCAUGAUCAGUAUGCUUCUCUCCGAGACUCCGGGGAUGAAAAGGCAUUGCGGGUGUUCAUUGACGAGCGCAAACAGUAUGUUGAGGACAUGUGUGAGUUUUCCGAGUCGCUAAAUCAAUGGCAACUCAACCAGAAGACCGCCAAGCGGAGUAUGCGGCUUUUCAACGAAGAAAGCAUCAAGCAAAAACUCCUAGAGCUUGGUUACACAGAGUCAGACUUCCCUGUGUUUGAAUGCGCGGAUAAACCUAGGUGGAUCUCAUGGCUGUCCAUCCUGACGCAGCCUCGCGAAUUGACACCACGCACCAACGAGAAGCUGUGGCGAGAAGAGAUCGCACGUAGAAGUCGCCGAGGACAGCGAGAACUAGAGCUGCGCGACGUGUAUGAGAUAUUCCUGCCCAAGGCCCCUAUAGACGACGGGCCGUUCCCCACUGCUUCAGACGCCAUACUCAUCCCAGAGAUAUGCUCCCUGCUGGGGGAAGAUGAGGCGCGUAUCGGGAUGACAGAAGAAGGUCUCCUCACAGUUCUUCCUGCGCUUCAGGAACAGGCGCGUAAGUUCAAGGCGGAACUCGCCAAGGCCAUGUGGGCACAUUACGCUGAGCAGUCCAAAAUUGAGCCACCGCGGCGCGAUCCUGAAGUGGACGUGAAGAAGCUGGAGUGCAUACCCAACAACAUGGAGUAUGGAUCCAAAGACGUCCUCGACCUCGCAACGGCCCUUUUCCAGUGCUACUUCUGCGUCGGCUUCAACCGCGAGCCUCUCCCGGAUACUGCCGUGUACAGCAUCACUGAACUUGCGAAGCAUGUGCACACCGAGCAUAACAGGGAGAGCCGACUUCAAGCCGCCGGUCGAAAACCGGGUGGCGCGGAAGGUCCUAAACAAGCUCGGGCUGCCAGAAGACAUUCGCUACUCAGAGAUAUCUGGGAAAAUCGUGUGCGAGUGUUCAACGUUAUCUCAUCUGGCUACGUUCGCGCAGAUGGUCUCGCAUAUCAUGUGGGAAACCUCAUUCUACCACGCUGCCAGUGGUUGCCGCAGUGCUUCAGCUGCCCUGAGAGCGAAGUCCUCGAUCACGAUCACGACCUCGACAAAGAUCCGUCGUUCAUCCGUCUGCUAGGGGACGUUGAGAGCUUCGAAAAGCCGCCGCUGUCUCCUGACGAACAGGGACUUGUUGAGAUCUGGUCUGACACCUUCAACGGCAGGAACAUUGCCUGCAAUGUCUGUGACAUGUACACGAUUACCCCAAAGAGCCUCAGCUUGCGACGGCAGCGCGCGAAGAUGGAACCUGACGAGCUGGUAAGACAUGUGAAGAGGAGGCAUGCGCGCAGCGCUAAAGUUGACGAUGCUCAGGAAGCACUACCGAAGCCUUGA